AUGUCAGAUAAGAGUAGUGGGAACAGUAUAAUUGACGACUCUUUAGGUAAUGCAGCAAUUUUACCUAGAGCCGUUAUAGAUGGUAGUAAGUUAAUACUACGCCUUAAGAAGGAUGAGAAACUAAGCUAUGAAGCUCCUACAAAAAUUCUAUUUUCUAAUAUGGCUUUGAAAGUUGAACACUCAGUGUGGUGGUUAACUGAUGUCGUACUUUCAGAACCUAACAAUUUGAUUGUAUUAGAUUCAGCUGCGCCUGAAAUGCGCUUUUUCCCUGUUCCUAUGAGAAAAUUUGGAAUUCUAUAUACCAGAGAAGGUGUUGGGCACGUAAUUACUGGUGAUAUAACGAGAGCCCGAAUUAGUAGCCGAUCAAUCCCUUAUAAAAAUUGUAAUAAAUUUGAAUAUACUCCAAGACAAAGUGCCAAUACAAGUGAUGAUAUCGAUGUUAUUUACUUAAGAGGUGAUGAUAGUUUUAUACGUUAUACUUUACAACCUAAUGAACAUUUAGAACUUUCAGCAGGUGCAGUUAUUGCAUGGACUGCUGGUGUGACAUUUACUUUUAAAUCAUUUUGUUGCUUAAAAUUUGUUACUGCUGUUGUAGGUGAUCCAACAAGUGUUUCUACUGUUUGGAUUGCCUUCCAUAGACCUAGAAGUUUCCAUCAACAUGGUUAG